GAGCCGGCCUGCUUUGAGGCGCUGCGAGACGAGACGCAGCAGCGCUGGCCGGGCGGUGCCCACAUGGUGAGCGGCGCGCAGCAGGGCCGGCUGCUGCACAUGCUGGUGCGCCUCUCCCGGGCGAGGCGCGUCCUCGAGGUCGGCUGCUUCAGCGGGUACGCGGCGCUGUGGAUGGGCCUCGCCCUGCCGGAGGGCGGCUCGCUGCUCAGCCUCGAGCGCGACGAGCGGGCGGCGGCAGUGGCGCGGAGGCACCUCGACGCGGCCGGCGUCGGCUCGCGCGUCGAAGUGCGGCUGGGCGACGCGCUCGAGGCGCUGCGGGCGCUGCCCGAGGGCGAGCCGCCCUUCGACCUCAUCUUUGUCGACGCCGACAAGAAGAGAACGUGGGAGUACUACGACCUGCUCGUCUCGCGGCGCCUGCUCGCGCCGGACGGGCUCCUCCUCGUCGACAACGUGUUGUGGAAGGGGCAGGUGCUCGAG